AUGGCCGAGACAGCUGACCAAUCCAUGACACCCGAAGAAUACAUCCUGCCCAACGAUGUCCAUCAGCUGUGGUUAUUAACGUGGGACGACAAACUCUGCAUGAGCCCGAUGCAGGAUAACGCAAAGCGAGUCCUUGACAUCGGCACUGGUACAGGCAUCUGGGCUAUGGAAUAUGCGGAUCUUCAUCCCGAGACCAUGGUCACCGGAGUCGACCUCAGUCCCAUCCAACCUGACUAUGUGCCCCCGAACUGCAUGUUUGAGAUCGACGACGUAGACAAGGAUUGGAGAUGGACGAUACCCUUCGACUUCAUCUUCGUGCGGCACAUGAACUCAUGCUUCAAGAGCUGGGAGAAGAUGCUGGCGCAGGCAUUCCAGCACCUCGAGCCUGGCGGCUACAUCGAGCUCCAGGACAACGCGUGGCCCAUCCUGUGCCCAGACGACUCCAUGCCCGAGACCAGCGCCAUCGCCAGGUGGUCCUCGCUGCUAGUCGAAGGCUGCAACAAGAUCGGAAGCUCAAUCGAUGUGCCGACACGUUUCAAGCAGCUGCUCGAGGAAGCAGGCUUCGAGGCCGUCGUCGAGCACAAGAGGAUCUGGCCCGUCAGCCCGUGGCCCGCGAAGAAGAAGCUGCGAGAGGCAGGCUGGUGGGUUCAGGCGGGGAGCUUGGCGGGUCUCGAGGCGUCUACGCUGGCCGUCUUCACGCGCGUGCUGGGCUGGACGGAGCAAGAUACGAAAGACUUUUGCGAGGAGGUGAGAGAGGAGUUGCUGAAUCGAUCGGUUCAUGCGUAUUGGGAAGUGUAA